CUGUUAAUCAAGACAUGAAAGACAUGGCGAGCUUAACAAUCUUGACGGUUCUGCUGUUAGUUGCAGGGUAUGUCGGGGGUGACACCAGCUCCCCCUGCCCCACGGGACCAGGGUGGGUGACGGGGACGAACUACUGCUACUACUUCAACAACAAAGACACCGUGUCGUGGAGCGAGGCUACUCAGCAGUGUGACAAGAGGAUGGCCAAGUUGUUGACACUAGACAGUGUAGCUGAGUUGGAUUUGACCAAGAAAAACAUGGCUAAAUACCCGAGUGACACUGCUUACUGGACCUCGCUGAAUGACCUUCACGCCAAUGUUACCAACACAAGCACAAGGCAGUUCCGGUGGGGCAACGGGCAACUUCCAGUACACGACGUGGUAUCCGCCAAUUGGGACAAGGAAACCAGUGACUUUAGGUCCAACUGCGCCUCCCUCAACGCCGCCUCGACGCUGAGUGCCGAGCGAUGCGCUCACAAGCUUGGUUAUAUCUGUCAGAUGAAUAUCCUGGACGGGGCGUGCCCCUUUGCCUGGUCCAUUGGGACAGCGCACUGUUAUUUCUUCAGUGACCUCACGGAGCCCACUCACAUCGUGUCAUGGACCAGCGCUAGGACUAACUGCAGAAACAAAUCGAGGCCUCACGACCGGAGUGGUGGUCUGAUAGAUAUCGACAACCCCGACUCGGCCAAGUUAAUUCAGGACAUGCGUUCUUGGCCGUUUCAAGCAUCGUCCAGAUGGUGGACGGGUCUGACGGACAGACUGAGAGAGAAUGAGUGGCGCUGGAGCAGUGGGUCGUCCUUGAACCGAAGCUAUGUAAACUGGACUCGGGAGCCUGACAACAUCAGAGGCGAUGAACACUGCGUCACGCUCCUACAGAAAGGCACCUUCAGCGACAGGGACUGCAAUCAGACCAACAACUACAUCUGCAGGAAGAUGCAAUUCAUACGUAGCACGUUACAUAGCCCGGUAUCACGUCACGGAGACAAUAUCACGUCACAGAGGCCGGUAACACGUCACAACGACAACAUCACGUCACAGACGCCGAUAAUACGUCAAACAGACAAAUCUCACGUCACAGAGGUAGCGAACAAGUCACCGAAGAUGACAUCACACCACAGAGGGUAUGUCGGGGCUGACACCAGCUCCCCCUGCCCCACGGGACCAGGGUGGGUGACGGGGACGAACUACUGCUACUACUUCAACAACAAAGACACCGUGUCGUGGGCCGAUGCAAACGACGAAUGCAGUACGAGGAUGGCCAAGUUGCUGAGACUGGAGAGUGUUGAUGAGUGGACAUUUGUGAAGAACAACAUGGCCUUUGACCAAAGUGGCAACGGUUUCUGGACAGCAUUGAAUGACAUUGACCCGUCUGGCACAGGCACUGGAACCGGAAUCUGGCUGUGGGGCAAUGAUGAAUAUCCAAUUGAUGCAAUUGUAAAGUCUAACUGGGAUAAAGAACCAGAUAACAACGACGACGAAGACUGCAUUGCCAUCAACCUCGCUGACACACUCAGCGACGAGCACUGUUCCAGGAAGAUGGGCUAUAUUUGUGAACUAAACAAUGAUAUGUGUCCCUUCGGCUGGAUUCCAGGAGCGUCAAAUUGUUACUUUGUGAGCAACACCAGUGAUCCCACCAAAUUCGUAACCUGGGAUGCAGCAAGCUCACUGUGCCAAGACGCAAAUACCGUGGGCAAAGGUCAAGCACACCUGCUGACAGUGAACACGGCGGAGGAAGCGAGCUUCUUCGCUGAAUACAUACCGACAGCAUGGUCCUUGACGACCACCCAGAAGUGGUGGACAGACUUGACGGACAAGCAAACAGAGGGGUCGUACAAGUGGAUGAAUGGCGAUGUUUUCAACCAAAGCCUUGUGAGGUGGACUCAAGAGCCUAACAACAUCAAGGGUCGGGAGCACUGCGCCACCAUGCUACAGAAAGGCACCUUCAGCGACAGGGAUUGCACACAGACCAACAACUACAUCUGCAGGAAGGAGAUACCCACUCAGCAGUAUACGGUCAACUUUGGCUGCGGGGAUUGGGAGAGGGCUGGGCACAAGUGUUAUCAGGCCAUCGCCAAGCCCGCCAAGUCCUGGUCAGACGCACAGACAUCCUGCAAGGCGCUAGGUGGUAACCUGAUGAAGAUAGAGAAUCAGGAUGAAAUGCACUGGUUGAGCUACCAGUCGAAGACGGCCAAGAUGUCUUAUGGCGGCUACUGGAUUGGCCUCAAUGACCAGUCCAGCAUGGACCACGUGAACUGGAACUGGGCGGAUGGGAGCAAGGCCGAUACAUCCUACCUAGUGUGGAAUCAGGAACCCGACGACCUGAACGGUGAUGAGGACUGCGCCGCAAUGGGAACCGAUGGCGUCUACACCGACUGGAACUGCGAUCAUUUCCACAAUGGAUUCAUCUGUGAGAAGCAGAAGAAAAAUCAGACAUGUCCUCCAAACUGGGUGGCCAACAGCGAUAAAAGUCAGUGCUAUCUUGUGGCAUCGAACUGGACCACCUGGCGAGAGGCCUCGGGGAAAUGUGUCACCUUAUCGGGAGAUGGCUCUGGCGCCCUACUCGCUAUAGACACUCAGGCGGAGAAGGAUUUCAUCCUGGGUCAGCUGGCCAUCGUGUUUACAGCACCCUUCUAUUUCUGGACGGGUCUAACGGACAGUCUUCUUGAGGGCCUGUGGCAGUACAGCUCCAGCGCUGACAACACACAAACAUCCCUCGGGCUGAUCAAAUGGAACUCGGAGCCAAACAACUGGCACCACAACGAGCACUGCGUAAGCACCGCAUUCGGUGGCCGCCUCAACGACGCCACGUGUUCCCACAAGUCGGGCUACAUCUGUGAGAAGUAUGCUACAGGCUACUCUACUGCCGGAUUAAUUUCCUUGCCCUUCAAUAAACUGACCUUGAUCUUAAUGGCCAUCUUGACGUUAUCCAUGGGACAUUGACAACUACCUUCAUAGGUCGCCUUGCCAUAUAUUGCUUGUGAUUGCCUAGAUUGAUAAACGAAAUAUGUAAAUAUUGACGGAAAUCGAAUACUAGUAAUCGAGUAAACCCG